AUGGGCCGCCCCGACCGCACGACGAACGCGCUGCUGCUGAGCGCACUGCCAGAGCACCUCCACGCCCACGCCAAUGGGUCGAGCGACCACCUCGACGCGCUCCUGCGCCCGCUGCCCCACUCGAGACACUCUGGCAGGUCGAGUUUCCGGUGGUCGACGCCGGGGAGCGCCAACACGAGCGAUGGAGGAGGAGGAGGAGGAGGGAGCCCGACGGUGCCACUCAGCCCUGCCGAGUCGUUCUGCCAGCUGUGUGAGUACAGUUGGCCGUGGACUUGGGGUGUUUGCCCAUGGGGACGACGCGAGGAGGAGGGUUGCGGGAGGGAGAGGCGCCGAGUCGUGGGCUCGCGUGGAUUCGUAUCUCGUGCUGACGUCUCGCUCGACCUCGCGCAACCAGACCCGCCAGCGCCACACCUGACGCCGUUGCAUUCGCCCGCUCCGACUCCGCCUCGCACCCUCUCGCCCGCACGCUCGCUGUCCUCCCUCCACUCGCUCCAUUCGCCAACCAAACCCUCCGCCAUGAGUCUCACGCCUGCAACGGAUCCGCGCGAAGACGAGCGCACGGCAGAGGCUGGCUCGCGCGAGGACGAGGCAAUCGAGGUGGGAGAGGAGAUGGACGACGUGCCGACCACCCAGCUCGUGGGCAGGCUCAAGGUCCGCGUCGUCGAGGCCAAGGGACUCGCCAUCCCCGAGGGGGAGGUCGCAAAGCCUUACGUACUCUUGCAGUACGACAGGACCGACUCCGUCUCGCGAGAAUGGGGCGCGCCUCCUCCUUCGCCAGCACCGGCAGGCGACGGAAAGCGCGGUGCGAUUAGGCGGAAGCGGCCAGGGUCGAAUUCGCAGAUUCACGGCGUCGAGACGACCGUCCGCCGCGUCGUAGGCGGAGCGACGACUGCUCCCUCUCUCGCAUCGACCUCGACACAGAGCAACGACGUCUCGCCCGUCCCGUCGGCGUUCACUUCCUCCCGCUCGACCGGCACCUCCUCAACCUCAGCCUCAUCCGCCAUCUCCUCCCUCGCCUCAGUAACCGUCCCGCCCUCCCCAAACCCACGCCAAACGACCUCCUCCCUCCCCUCAACCACCCAUACCCUCCGCCCCGUCUCCCCCUCCCUCCCCUCCGGCGACCCCUCCCAAAUCGGCACCCCCUCGAAUCCAAUCUGGAACCACACAGCCACAUUCGACGUCGUCUCGCCCGGCCGAACGAUCCUCGUCUGCGUGUAUGAUAAGCUCGCCCCGCAAGGGGGGGAUAGUAGGAGGAUUCAUGGGUUCUUGGGAGCGAGCGUGUUUGAGCCGCCGUUGUUGGAGGAGGUGGAUAAGGGAGAGGACGGGGAUGGGCUGGAUGUUUGGGUACCCCUCACGAGCGCCCUCGACCCGACUAUCGGCGGCGAGAUUCGCCUGCGACUGCUGUUCGAGCCUCUCCUCUCCCGCCCGAAACUAACAGUCGACGACUUCCAGAUCCUGCGACGGAUCGGCCAAGGCUCGUUCGGCCAAGUCUUCCGCGUCCGCAAACGCGACACGAAGCGUAUCUACGCCAUGAAAGUCAUCCGCAAAGCGUCCAUCACCUCUGCCGAAGCGCUCGCCCAAGUCCUCGCCGAACGGCAGGUCCUCGCACGCACGAUUGACUCGCCGUUCCUCGUCGGUCUCAAGUUUAGCUUUCAAAGCGAGAGGGAGUUGUUCCUCAUUCAGGAUUACAAGUCGGGUGGAGAGAUGUUUCAGCAUUUGCAGAGGGAUGGAGGGAGGUUCGAGGAGGCCAAGGUCAGGUUCUAUGUAGCCGAGAUCAUCCUUGCGCUCGAGUACCUCCACGAGAACAACAUCGUCUACCGGGACCUCAAGCCCGAGAACUGCCUCCUCGACGGCUCAGGUCACGUCGUCCUCUGCGACUUUGGCCUCUCGAAGCUGCUCGAGUCGCCGGACGAGAAGUGCCGAACGCUGUGCGGGACAACCGCCUUCGUCGCUCCCGAGGUCCUCCUCGACGUCGGCUACUCCUUCCCCGCCGACUGGUGGUCCCUUGGCGUCCUCCUCUUCGAGAUGUGCUUCGGCUGGAGCCCGUUCUACUGCGAGUCGCGUAUCGAGGAGUACGAACGCAUCUUGGGAAUGGAGAUCAAGAUCCCGAGUAGGAAGGGCUAUGGACCGGAGUUGAAGGAUUUGUUGCUCAAGCUCCUCGAGCGCGACCCGGAGAAACGCCUCGGCUCGACAGGCGACGCCUCGUCCAUCAAGGCCCACCCGUUCUUCUCCCCCAUCGACUGGGACAAGCUCGCCCUCCGCCAAGUCUCUCCCCCUUUCAAGCCCCCCACACACGCCGACGACGACCAAUUCGACUUUUAUGACAACGGCCAUGACUGGUCGUGGUGUUUCGGCGACGAAGGCGGGUGCUGGCAGACUCCUCCCUCGACCUCCAGCGGCGCGCGCAGCAGUCGUGCGGAUUGCGUGAAUGGGUGGUGGAGUAAGAGUGCGGCGGAGAGCGCGAGGAGCAGCGCUGCGCAGUUGAUUAGGAACUUUACGUGGAUGGGGAAGGAGGGGAGGGAGAAGAAGGGUGGUGCGGGUGCGGGUGCGAGGGGGAGGAAGGCCCGCGAGGAGAAGGCGGAGGAGGAGCCGCAGCGAGGAGGAACCGACACGAGGAGGAGCUCGUGCGAGGAGCAACGAGGAGGAAGCGACACGCGGAGGAGUUCCUGUGCGUGA